AUGGCGUACAAUAGAUCCAAUAAGAGCAAAUACAACAAGAAAAGGGGUCACUCAGCUACACCCAAGAGAGGCGCUAAAGUUGCAAAACCUCAAAAACAGCAAUACAGAAAGUAUUAUCAUCAACAACCAUCAAAAAGAUUUGUAUACGUCGAAGAGCCGGACAGUGAGGGAGAUGAAAGUGAAGACGUUGAAGUAGAAGAAGAAGAUGUUCCAGUGUACGGUUAUGAUGACGAAGAUGACGUAAGUGAAGAGUCUUCUUCAAGUGAAGAAGAUUCCGAAGGCGACUCCGACUCCGACUCCUCCUCAGAAGAAGAGGAAGAAGUAUACGACUUCGAACUUAGACCCCAAUACUAUGAUGAGGGAGGUAAUUCCGAAAAUGAUAUCGACUUUAUUGAUGCUAGCGAUGUUGAGUUGGAGUCAGAUGGUAAUGAGUAUUAUGUUGGUUUGGAUGACAAAUUGGUGAGUGCAGACGAUGUUGGAGUACCUGAAGUUCACGACUUGAAUGAUGAGAUUGUUGCUUACUACGAUGAUGAGGAAGUAAGCACAAGCAGCUCAGACUCAGACUCAGACUCAGACUCAGACUCGGACUCUGAAGAAGCCAGUGAUUCCGAGGACGAUGUUGAAGCAAUUGUACACCUUGUUGAGCAAGACGAGAGUUCUGAAAGUGAAGACUCAGAAAGUGACGAUGAAGUCAUCGGAUACUUGGUCGAUACCAAUAAGUUGAAUGAAAAAUUGCUCCUUGAAGGUAUUAGACAGGAAUUUGAGGAAAACUUGGUCAGUCCUGAUGAAUACGAGUCAAAUGACGAAGAUUCAGAAUUGGGUUCUGAGCCCGAAUACAUCGAGGUUGACAGUGACGAUUCCUCAGACGAAGAGGGAGCAACUGUUUACAAGAGUUUACCAUGCACUGAAUGCGACUGUGAAGAAGAUGAAGAUGAAGAGGAGGAUGACGAUGAUGAUGACUUGCAAGUAAUUAGAGACGAUGAUAACAAGUUUGAAGUUGUGGAUUUGUCUGAAGAUUUGGCCAACAGUCAAGACUACCAAUUGGAGGAGUUAGAUGACGGUUCAUACAAAUUGAAUGUCAGAUUCCCAUCAUUGGUUAGAGAUGAAUUAAAAAUUGAAUUUCUCAAGAAUGAAAACGAGUUGGUCAUUAAAGGAAAGUUGAAUUUCAAUGGUGCCGAAACUGAAGAUGAGGAUGAAGUUGCUGAUGUAACUGAAUUAACUCCAGCAGAGUUUAUCAGUUAUGCCUUGGAUGAAGAUGACGACGAAGAAGAUGAUGAAUAUGACUAUGCUGAUCCAGAGGAUGUUUCUGAAGAGGAGUACUCGGGGGAUGAAGAUUCUUUAGUAGCUAGUGGCAAGGAAAAAGCCAGAGCUGAGAAGGCCAAGAGAGAUUUUAUAUUGGCACAGAUUGAAGAAUUAGAGAAGCAAAAUGACUACAAUGAAGAAUCUGACGACGAUUACGAAUUUGGCAAUGAUGCUGAAGACACUGGUGACUUUGAAGGUUUGUAUGAAGACGAAGAGGAGGACUCAGAGGAGGACUCAGAAGAAGACUCAGAAGAAGACUCAGAAGAUGAUUCAGAGGAAUCGGAAUCUUCCGAAGAUGAAAAUGACGAUGUCGAAGACGAAGAGCUACAAGAAGAUGCAGAAGAUCUCAUUAACGAGUUUAAGAAUCAAGAAGUAUUCUUCGAAAAACAUUUUCAGUUUGACAAAGUAAUCAAAUUCAACAAAAUCAAGGCCAAGUUUGUUGGUGAUGAUGAAUUGGAAUUGAUAAUACCAAGCAAGGAUGUUACCGUUGAGGCUGACAAUUCUUUUGCCAUUACUGUUGAUCCAUCCGAUGACGAUGAAGAAAGCAGCACUACUGAGGAAAUAGAUGGAAAUGUUCCAGUAUUGCGUGAUUUGGAUGAGCUUUUGGAAGCUGUUGAAGCAGCUUAG